UAUUGUUUACAUAUAUACUAAUUUGACAUACUUCGUUCAAUGUUUUGACAGUUUCGAGAAGUUGAGGAAUACUGUAUAUUUUUAUCUAAAUAUUUUAAUCUAAAACUCCAUCCUCAGAUCAUCUGAUAGAUGAUGAACAAUUAGAAAAUGGCUGGUGACUCAAGAAAGGAUUUUAUAAUUGCCGCAACUGCAAACCACUUUGCGGUACCGUUGAAUGAUGGAGCAUUGAAAAAUCUACCAGACUCACCCUCCCUCAAUAACUUCUUGGAUGAUGGCAAUGCCAGUGUUCUGGCUGCGCGGCUGGACCCAAAGAGUAGGGUCAGAUCUGUGGCUUUCUCCAACAAGGUUGAGCCUGGCGACAGCAAGGACAGGGUCAUUGUGUUCUUCAAGAUCCGACCUGACGUGAUCACGCCAGACAACUUGCUUACAAACAUAGUUGUGUCAUCAAUGCUGGACUCGCCCCUCAACACCCUCUAUCAUGCAAUGCAAAAGGUAUAUGCCCCUCUGCUGUGUGAGGAUGGCAAGUGGAGCAGGAACAUUGACCCAAAGCUGCAGAGCCUGCUUGGAGAGCUGGAGGCCGGGCUUGGAAGUGCUCUCCGUAAACAGGACCCUUCCUUCCGCGGCAAGGAUGGUGGAGAUGAGAAUCUUGGAAGUGUUUUGAGCCCAACUGAUGAGUUUGAUUACUGGGCAGACGUGGCUAGAUCGGGUCGUGGGGACUCCCGGGACCGGGCAGAGCACUUUGUGGAGCUGUUCAAGCCAAUCUCCAAGGACUAUGGGGGGCUGGAUGCCAUGUCACUCAUGGACGCCAUGGAGAUGGUGGACAUCACGCAGGACACGCUAGAUGAUAUCUGGCGGCAGACAGAGGUAGACGUCUACCCAGAGAACCGCAUGAGUCACUUUAUGGACUGUAUUGCUGGAUCAUUGGGACGUUUUGUCCAGAGAAAGCUUGCUGAGGAGAACCUAUGGACUGGCCAGUUUGGGCAGAUAAAGGAGGCUUUAAGAGCAGGUAUUUCCAUCUGUGAGCGUUGGAUAUCGUCAUGUGAGGCCCUGACUACUCAGUUUUGGAAGAGGUACACCAUCCAUCCCUGGAAGGGUGACAAGGUCUCACCAGAGGGACUUAAGAAACUUGCAGCUCGCUUGGAGGAGAUCCUGGACCUGCGUAUCGUACAUGACCAGCAGCUGCGGUUGAUGACAUCGCAGGAGCAGAAAGAGCUGCGUGUUGAUGAGGCGUUCACCCCCUUCAUGGGCCUCAACCCUCUUCAAUAUAACCCUUACACCCAGCCCCUCUGGCAGGCAGCUGUCUCCCAGUAUGAGAGGAUCAUGUCCCCUGCUGAGCAGAACACAGUCGCCAAGCUCCGUGCGCAAUUUAGACAGAUGGAUGGAAACCCGCAGCAGCUCCUGCGAGAGUUUCAGAGGUACAAGUCAUUGAUCAAGAGGCCUGGCAUCAGUAAGGAGAUGGUUGGUGAAAGAGAGACGUUGCUAGGUCAGCUGACAGUGAGCCAACGAGGCAUCCAGGAGCAGUUUAAUGACGCGAGUCACGGCAAAUUUCCCAAGGGGAAGAACCUGCCUGAGUUUGUCAACCAGAUCGUCUUUGUAAGGCAGCUCGAGGCCAAGGUGGAGGAAAAUUUGAAGACAGCUGAGAGCCUGUUGAGUGACCUUAGUGGUUUCGCGAGGUUCCGGAAGGAGGCCUCCGAGAUGCAUGAUGAAAUGGUCAACUGGCGGUCAGAGGCCUUCGAUGAGUGGUCAAGGGACAUACUAGCCCUCAUUGAGGACACAAAGAAACCACUCAGCCUUGAGACAAAUGGGCGGCUGAUGGAGCUUGACCACAAGACAGGCGAGCUGGUUGUGAACUACGGUGACAGACUGGUGACGCUGAUGCGAGAGGUGCGACAGCUGACAGCCCUCGGCUUCGCUGUGCCCGCCAAGAUACAGCAUGUCUCCGGCACAGCACAAAAGUUCUACAGGCAUGGCUGUAUCCUUAAGCAGGUUGCCCAUUUCUACAACACGAUCGACCAGCAGAUGAUUGACAGCCAGAAGACUAUGAUGUUGGAGUCAGCCAAGGCCUUUGAGAGGCUCGCUAAGAACCCCAAAACUGGUACCAAGGUGAAGGGGGAGGAGGUUCAAGUGACCUGGGACAACCCAGAGGAACUGGAGAAGUACAUCCACAAGCUGCAGGCCGCUGCAGAGAGGCUGACAUCCGAGAACAGGAAACUCCGCAAGUGCCACUACACUGUCUCGGACAAGGUUCAGAACCUGAUGAGUGUGGACCUAUUGAGGCAGGACAAGCGCUGGAAGGAGGGUCUGAUGGACAUCAGGCACAUCAUGGCAGACCUUGUACAGAAGGGAUUUGUGGCUGAGCACAUGGCGCCCUGGAAAGCCCACUGGGACCGUCAGAUAUACAAGGCCCUGGAGUUUCAGUACCGCAUGGGCCUCGAGGCACUCAAUGAGAACCUACCCGAGAUACGUGUGGACAUCACAUACCGGCAGCGCCACCUGCAGUUCAACCCACCAUUUGAGGAGGUUAAGGCCAAGUAUUUUCGUGAGAUGAAGAAGUUCAUCAGUAUCCCGAACAUCUUCAAGGGUGUGGGAGAGGGCACUGAGAAUCUCAUAUUCCCUGCUAUUAUUGACCGCAACGCUGACGGCUUCGUCAACUGCUACAAGAAGGGUGACGCUCUAUUCAAACGCCUGGCAGAAGAACUGGAGAAAUUUAAGGAAUGGGUUGUUCUGGGCUCACUGGACCUGGAGGAGUUCAUCGAGGCCCACCUCAAGGAGCAGGCUGACUGGGAGAAAAACUUCAAGGCCCUGAAAAUCCGUGGCAGGGACGCUGAAAAACUACCCAACCAGGUCAAGAUCAACUGUAUCACUGUGAACACCAUGCCAGUAAAGGCUGUGAUUGACGAUCACAUCCAGCGGCUGUUUGAUGCCUUGCUCAACUCACUUCGAAAAGCUAUCACAAAGGAGGUGACAGACAUUGACACGUUCCUGAACACUUCAAUGGAGGUGCUUUCCAAGCGACCACAGAGCACUGAAGAGAUUGGCGAGGCUAACACAAAACAUGCAGAGUUUGCAAAGGCGAGGAGGGAGAUCAAGCCGCUGUUUGAUAAGGCUGAGUCUAAGAACAAACUGCUACGUUCAGUAGCUGGAGGGGGUGUUGACUCCAUCAACAACCUGCUGGCCCGCUGGGACAAGUUUGAACUCAUGAUGGAGAGCCAUCAGCUUAUGGUCAAGGAACAGGUGGAUACCCUGAAGAAGAAUGUAAGCUCACGUGUGAAGACGUUUGAGGCUGACCUGGAUAAGUUUGCGGCACGCUGGGCCCAGCUGAAGCCAGGAGACGAGGCCCUGGAAGGGGACAAGGAGAAACUGGCUGCCGCCAUUCAAGUGAUCAAGGACAAACGACAAGAGUUCCAGGAGAUAGAGGAAAACAGGAAAAAGCUUGUGAGUGACCUGGAGCAUUUUGAGAUGACUGUUCCGGCCUUUGAGAUAGCGGAGGAAGUAAACCGUUCACUGUCAAAUUACGAGGCCAUGUGGUUCCUGCUGGAGGAGUUUGACACUGGACUUCAGGAACUUGCCAAGGAAGACUGGAUCUCAUUCAGGAGUAAGACAUACAUGUUUGAAGAGUUCCUCAGUGGAUGGUACGAAAAGUUGAAGGAACGUGAAGCCACCACUAUGACUGUUAAACUUCACAAGGACAUUGAGACUUACAAGAAUGUGUUGCCAGUGCUGAAGUGGGUACGUGGGGAGCCCCUAUCCCAGGACCACUGGCUGGAGCUGUUCCGCAUGCUCAAGAUGCCCCGUGGAACCACACUUGAGAAACUGAACUUUGGCCACAUCCUAAAGGCCAGCGACCACAUCAUCACCAACGCUGAUGCUCUCAAGGAGUUGAACCAGCGAGCACAGGGUGAGGUUACGAUCCGUGAGGCAAUCAGGGAGCUGGACCUGUGGGGGGCGGCGGCACAGUUCUCCCUCACCGAAUAUGAGGACUCGAACAAGAAUGUGAUACACCUCAUCAAAGACUGGAAGGAUCUUGUCAACCAGGUAGGAGACAACCAGAGUCUGCUGCAGUCCCUCAAAGACUCGCCAUACUAUAAGAGUUUCGAGGACAAGGCGUCUGUGUGGGAGCAGCGCCUGGCCGACCUGGACGAGUACCUGCACAACCUUAACCAAAUACAGCGAAAGUGGGUCUACCUAGAACCCAUCUUUGGUCGCGGAGCUCUGCCCAAGGAACAGGGGAGAUUCAAGAGGGUUGAUGAUGACUACAGGUCAAUCAUGAAGGAUGUACGUCGUGACAACCGAGUUCUCUCCAUGGUGAACAAGGCUGGUCUGAGGAACCAACUCACCACCAUGCUUGACCAACUACAGAGGUGCCAGAAGUCACUCAAUGAGUUCCUCGAGGAGAAGAGAUCUCUGUUCCCGAGGUUCUACUUUAUCGGUGAUGACGACCUGCUGGAGAUCCUGGGUCAGUCCACAAACCCAAAUGUGAUCCAGACCCAUCUGAAGAAGCUGUUUGCCGGCAUCCACAGUGUCCAGUUUGAUGAAAACUGUCAUCACAUCAUGGCCAUGAAGUCUCUGGAGGGUGAAGUCGUGCCACUCAAGAGGAAGGUCAAGAUUGUACCUGAAGUUGAGACAUGGCUGGGUCAGCUGUCCGACGAGAUGAAAAACACACUGCAGGAGCAACUGUUACAGUGUCUACAGGAUGCCAAGCAGAGCAAGGGUGGCCUUGACCCCAACAAGUACCCCUCACAGAUACUGUGCCUGGCUGAGCAGAUCCGGUUCAGCCAGAACUGUGAGGUGGCCAUCAAGUCUGGUAACCUGAUGAACUUUGCACGUGAGGUUGAAGGACAGCUAGAGUCAUACACUAGUGUGGACCUUGGGGAGGCUGGUGCUGAUGACGAGGCUCAGGUGUUGGACUUGAAGUUGAAGGCCCUGAUCCUGGAUACCAUCCACAAUAUGGACGUCAUCCAUUUCCUGCUCAAUGCAAAUGCCCGCAAUCCUGCUGAGUGGAUCUGGCAGAAGCAGCUACGCUUCUACCUCCGGAAAGACAACAUCUGCAUCAUGCGCAUGGUGGACUCUGAGUUUGAGUACACGUACGAGUACCAGGGCAACGCCGGGAAGCUGGUACACACACCACUCACAGACAAGUGCUACCUGACACUCACACAGGGUAUGCAUAUGGGACUGGGAGGGAACCCGUAUGGGCCCGCAGGUACUGGGAAGACUGAGUCUGUGAAGGCCCUCGGAGGAUUGUUUGGUCGCCAGGUUCUCGUUUUCAACUGUGACGAGGGAAUAGAUGUGAAGUCUAUGGGUCGUAUCUUCAUCGGUCUGGUGAAGUGUGGUGCGUGGGGAUGUUUUGAUGAGUUUAAUCGUUUGGAGGAGGCAGUGUUGUCUGCCGUCUCCAUGCAGAUCCAGGUCAUCCAGGAUGCCAUAAAGAAUAAACUCCCAAAUGCUGAAGUGCUUUCCAGAAAUGUGAACAUCGACCACAACUCUGGGAUCUUUAUCACCAUGAAUCCAGCAGGGAAGGGUUAUGGAGGCAGACAGAAGCUGCCAGACAACUUGAAGCAGUUGUUCCGACCUGUCGCCAUGUCCAAGCCUGACAAUGAACAGAUCGCUGAGGUCAUCUUGUUCUCAGAGGGGUUCAAGCAGGCCAAGAGUGUUGGAAGAAAGCUGGUUGCCAUCUUCAACCUUUCAAGGGAGCUGUUGUCACCCCAACAACACUAUGAUUGGGGCUUGAGAGCGCUGAAGACCGUGCUCCGUGGCUGUGGGAACCUGCUGCAUAUGAAAAAGAAGUCUGGAAAGAUCGAUGCGGGCCUUGAGGCUAAACUUGUUGUUCAGGCACUCCGCAUCAACACCAUCUCCAAACUCACAUUUUCAGACAGUAUAAGGUUUGAUGCGCUGGUGCGUGACGUAUUCCCAGGCAUUGAGUUCAAGGACAUUGAGUAUGAGACGCUGGCCGAGGCCAUCAGAAAUGUCUGCAAGGAAACUAACUUGGUCAUCAAUGAGCUACAGAUCAAGAAGGCCCUUGAGCUGUAUGAGCAGCUACGUCAGCGUACAGGAGUGGUUGUGGUGGGGCCCAGUGGCUCUGGCAAGUCCACCCUGUGGCGUAUCCUCCGUAUGGGCCUCCACAAGCUCAACAAGACAGUGAAGCACUACACCAUGAACCCAAAGGCUAUGCCCCGUACCCAGCUGCUGGGAUCCAUUGACAUGGACACUCGCGAGUGGACCGAUGGUGUCCUCACAUACAGCGCCCGCCAGGUCGUCAAGGAACCUCAAGAGGUUCAGUCUUGGAUCAUCUGUGAUGGAGACAUUGACCCUGAAUGGAUCGAGUCCCUCAACUCUGUCCUUGAUGACAAUCGCCUGCUGACCAUGCCAUCAGGGGAAAGAAUCCAGUUUGGGCCCAACGUCAACUUCCUGUUUGAGACACAUGACCUGAGUUGUGCCUCCCCUGCCACUAUCUCCAGAAUGGGCAUGAUCCUCCUCAGUGAUGAGGACACGGAUGUAAAGGCAUUGAUCCACUCGUGGAUCAGCACGUUGCCAGAGUCGGAGCAGCAGGUGCUGGGUGGGUACAUCGAGGACUACUUCUAUAAGGCCCUUGACUGGGUUCUUAAACAGACAGUGGUAAGAAACGUCACGAAUGACUUUGUGGUGGAGACGAGCCUAGUGGGUGUGGUCCUAAAUGGCCUGUCCCAUCUGUCUCACGUGCGCAACAAGUCCCACUUCGCCAUGUGCCUCAUACGGGGGCUUGGCGGAAACCUGAAUGAAGGGGCACGAGAAAACUUCGCUAAAGAGGUGUUCCACAUGACCCAGGAGAUGCCUCCAGACUCCCGCAGGCCCCUCGACACUUACUAUGACGAGGAUAUGGGCCGCCUGGCCACGUACACCAUGGAGGGUAAAAGCUAUGCAUUAAAAGGCUACGUUGGUCAGGCUUCUGUGGACUUGACGUCAGAGCACUUCAACAACAGUACGACCCUGCCGGUGAUCCGGACAACAGAUGUACAACGAGCCAUGGACUUCUUCUCCCCCUGGCUGGCGGCAGACAACAAGCAGCCAUUCAUCCUUGUUGGACCAGAGGGAUGUGGCAAGGGGAUGAUGUUGAAGCACUGUUUUGAGCAACUGCGAUCAACACAGGUGGCUGUGGUUCACUGCAGCGCCCAGACCAACCCGACACACAUCCUGCAGAAACUGAGUCAGACGUGCAUGGUGCUCAACACUAACACAGGUCGUGUGUACCGCCCCAAGGACUGCGAGAGACUCAUCUUCUACCUUAAGGACAUCAACCUGCCCAAGCCGGACAAGUGGGGAACAUGUCAGCUCAUUGCAUUCCUACAGCAGGUUGUGACAUACAAUGGCUUCUAUGACUCUAAUCUGGAGUGGGUUGGUCUGGAGGGGGUUCAGAUCGUUGCCAGCAUGAACUCUGGCACGUCCCUUGGGCGACACAAACUCACCCCACGAUUCACAUCUGUUGUCAGGAUCUGCUGUAUUGGUUAUCCUGACCGUGACCAGCUACAGUCCAUCUACAGUUCUUACCUUAAGCCAAUCCUGCACCGUCAAUUGUCCCGGCACGCCAUCUGGGGCAACAACUCCAAGAUCCAUGCCCUCGCUGGAUCCAUGGUUCAGCUGUAUGAUGAAUUACGUAGCAAGUUCACAGUGGAUGACUACAGUCACUACUUGUUCACGCCGCGAGACCUUACAACCUGGGUGCUCAGCUUCCUGAGGUACGACCUUGCAGGCGGCUCCAAGGACAACUCAACGGACCAUGUGUUUGAGAUAUUUGCCUAUGAGGCUCGCCGCCUGUUCCGGGACAGGAUAGUCGGGGCGGACGGCCAGAACAGAUUUGAUAACACCCUGCAGAGUGUCAUCCUCAGUGACUGGUCCGCAAACAUAUUUGACAACCUUGACAAUGAGUUCUUUGUAACCUGGGGAGCCCGACACGACUCGAAGGCCCCAUCUGCUGCUGCAGGUGCCCCGUUACCUCCAAGUGGCAAACCCUUGGGAAAGCUGUCGGCUGAAGACCUCCAGGCCAUCAUUGAGAAGGGCAUAAAGUUCUACCAGCGAGAUAACCGUGACCUGGACAUUCUGAUAUUCCACGAGGUUCUGGACAACAUGGCACGGGUUGACCGGGUGCUUAGCAAGCCUGGGGGCUCCCUUCUCAUGGCUGGGUGCAGCGGUGUAGGGCGCAGAACUGCCAUUUCUCUGGUUGCUCACAUGCACCAGAUGCAGCUGUUUACUCCGAAGAUCUCCAGAGGAUAUGCUUUGAAAAACUUCAAAAAUGACCUAAAAACUGUGAUGCAGCAGGCAGGUAUUGAUGGGGACCAAGUUGUGCUGCUCCUGGAAGACCACCAUUUUGUUGACCCUACCUUCCUCGAGCUCAUCAACAGCCUGCUGUCCGCCGGAGAGGUCCCAGGACUCUACUCACCAGAGGAACUGGAACCGCUACUCUCCCCGCUCCGUGAUAUGGCGUCUGAGGUUGGCUUCCGAGGAACACUCAUCAACUUCUUUGCUCAAAGAAUCAAGACAAACCUGCACAUUGCGCUAAUCAUGGACUGCACGAACAGCAAGUUUAUCCUGAACUGUGAGAGUAACCCAGCCCUUUACAAGGAAUGUGCUGUACAGUGGAUGGAGGAUUGGAGCAGUCACAGCAUGAAACAGAUCCCAGCAAUGUUGCUGACAAGGCCUCCUAAGAUAGAGGGAGCCAGUAUUGGCGAGAAAAGGCAGCACAAGCGUAAGCUGUCUGGUGGGAAUGAGCUCCUGGACGGCUUCUUGCAUGUACACAACACAGCUGCGCAGAAAAAUCUUGGAGCGACCCCACGUCGAUACAUCGCCUUCCUGAACACAUACCAACAGGUUUACGGUAACAAGAAGAGAGGCAUUGAGAAACGACAGCACCAUCUACAGGCUGGUGUUGCCAAGCUGAAUGAGGCGAAACAGCUGGUGGACGAACUAAAGCAGAAGGCCGGGGAACAGAGUGUGCUACUGGCAGAGAAACAAAGUGAGGCGGACCAGGCACUCUCCCACAUCACAGAGAGCAUGCAGAACGCGAAUGAGCAGAAGAACGAGAUGGAGGUAUUGAAGCAGCAGGCGGCUGAGGAGAACAAGAUCCUAGACAAGCGCAAGCAGGCCAUCGACCGAGAAUUGGCCGAGGUGGAGCCCCUUGUGCAGCAGGCUCGGGCCGCUGUUGGUAACAUCAAGACGGAGUCACUGUCUGAAAUUCGGUCCCUGCGAGCUCCGCCCCCAGUCAUUAGGGAUGUCAUGGAAGGCGUUCUCCGGCUCAUGGGCAUCUUGGACACAUCAUGGGUCAGCAUGAAGAGUUUCCUGGCAAAGCGUGGUGUGAAAGAGGACAUUCAAACGUUUGAUGCACGGAAGAUUUCGUCUGACAUUCGAGAGAGUGUGGAGGAACUUCUCAGGAAAAACAAGGACUCCUUUGAACUCAAGAAUGCGCGUAGAGCAUCUGUGGCAGCCGAGCCCCUGUGUGCGUGGGUGAAGGCCAACGUCCAGUUCUCGUACGUCCUCGAGAAGAUAGAGCCACUGGAGAAGGAGCAGAAUGAACUCAAGAGGAACCUUCAUAAGGCAGAGUCCCGUAUGGAGAAGUUGAGCCGGGCCCUGGACGAGGUAGACCAGAAGGUUGCCGGGUACAGACGUAGGUUUGAGACUCUCACAAAGGAGGCAGCAGAACUCAAGAUCAAGCUGGACAAGGAGAAUGAGACAAUCCUGGCGGCGGAAACACUUGUGUCCAAACUGGAUGGAGAGUACCAGCGUUGGAGCAUCCAGGUUGGCGAGUUGGACCAGGAGCUAAAGGAGUUGCCUAAGCGUGUGGUUAUAGCAGCGGGCUUUGUGGGGUACCUGUCCCAGGCCCCAGAGGAUGUACGACACUCUUGCCUCACCAACUGGCGUGAGUUCCUCGGCAUUGGUAACUUCGAGAUGCGACGCUUCCUGUGUACGGAGAGUGAGCAGCUGAUCUGGAAGUCUGAGGGUCUGCCUUCGGAUGAUCUGUCUGUGGAAAACGCUAUAGUCAUUCUACAGAUCAAUGACUUUGCUGCGGGGAGCACCUUGCGUCCAUUCCUGGUCGACCCGUCGUCAAGGGCAACAGACUGGCUCAAGUCUCACCUGAAGGACAGUCGCAUAGAGGUCAUCAACCAACAGGAUGCAAACUUCAGCACAUCCCUGGAGCUUGCUGUCAGGUUUGGCAAGACCCUGAUUAUCCAGGAGGUUGACGGGGUGGAGCCAGUUCUUUAUCCCCUGCUGCGUGGGGACCUUAUCUCUCAGGGUCCACGGUUCGUGGUGCAGAUCGGUGAGAAGACGAUUGACUACAAUGAGGAGUUCCGUCUGUUCCUGACAACGAGGAACCCCGCCCCGGAGAUCCCACCUGAUGCAGCCUCAGUCAUCACAGAGGUGAACUUCACUACCACCAAGGCAGGCCUCACUGGACAGCUGUUGGCAGCAACAAUCCAGCAUGAGAAGCCAGAGCUGGAGGAGAAGAAGACGUCGCUACUGAAACAGGAGGAGGAUCUGAAGAUAGAGUUGGCCAAGUUGGAGGAGUCAUUGCUUGAGGAGCUGGCAAAUGCGAAGGGUAACAUUCUUGAGAACAAAGAGCUGCUGGACUCCCUGAACAAGACCAAGGCUAGCAGCAUCACCAUAGCAGACUCCCUCGCAGAGUCUGUCAGACUACAGGCAUCACUCGACCAGGAGCGGAACAUCUACCUGCCCCUGGCUGAAAAUGGCAGUGCCCUCUACUUUGUGAUCAGUGAUCUGGCCAAGAUCAACAACAUGUACCGGUUCAGCCUGGCAGCCUUCCUACGCUUGUUCCAGCGUUCCCUGGAGACACGCCAGGACGGGGGUAGCACUGAGCACCGUAUAAAGGUUUUGGUUGGCCACCUGCAGCACCUGGUGUACGAAUAUGUCUGCCGCUCACUCUUCAAAGCUGACAGGCUCAUGUUCGCCAUGCACAUGGUUCACGGCAUGAAGCCCGACAUGUUUGAGGAAAAUGAGUGGGAGGCGUUUACUGGUAUGAUCGUGGCAGAUGUGAAGUCAGACCCUACUAAAGGCCUGCCUUCUUGGAUAGAGUCAGAGAGAGCUCAGGCUGUCUCCAAUCUAAAGUCUAACCUUAGUCGGCUGUACCAGACAUUGGGCCUGGAGGACGGUAGCAUGUGGUCAAACUUUGCACGUUCUAGCCAGUGUGAGCAGGAAGUACCGUCAACAGUUGAGAAGAAGCUGUCACUCUUCCAGCAGGUGCUUCUCGUCCAAGCAACACGACCCGACCGACUACAGUCAGCCAUGGGACUCUUUGCCAGCAGGGCUCUCAACAUGACGGAGCUGUCCCCACCCAUGGUAAACCUGCGUAAGCUGUAUGAACAUGAAACACUGCCAGAAGAACCCAUUCUCAUAGUUAUCUCCCCUGGUGCUGACCCUUCUCAAGAGCUGCAGGAGCUCGCUAACGACACCAUCGGACACGACCGUUACCACCAGGUUGCGAUGGGCCAGGGUCAGUCUGAUAUCGCGAUGCAGCUGCUGCGGGAAUGUUCCCAGAAUGGGGAGUGGCUCUGUCUUAAGAACCUCCAUCUUGUAACUGCCUGGCUUCCCAGCCUUGAGAAGGAAAUUAAUACCCUGAAGCCACAUAAGGACUUCCGAAUGUGGAUGACAGCUGAGGUACAUCCUAACUUCCCCACCAUUCUACUGCAGUCCAGCUUGAAGAUUACAUAUGAGGCUCCGCCGGGAGUGAAGCGUAACCUGAUGCGUACGUACGAGACAUGGAGCCCGGAGUAUGUGGCCAAGGGAGGUAACAUUGUCCGUGCCCAGGCCCUGUUUGCCCUCGCAUGGUUCCACGCCGUUGUACAGGAACGCAGGAUGUACAUCCCACAGGGUUGGACAAAGUUCUAUGAAUUUUCCCUGUCCGAUCUAAGAGCUGGAGCGGAUAUUAUAGACAGGCUUUGCUCUGGUCCGGAGAUCCGCUGGAACUUUAUUCAUGGUCUGUUUGAGUUGGCCAUCUAUGGUGGGAGGGUGGACAAUCCAUUUGACACGAGUGUGAUGGUGGCCUACCUAGAACAGUUCUUUGACCAGUCUGUCCUUGCCCAAGGCGCCAAGAAUAAAAGGCUUGGUCCUCUACGUCUACCCUCCUCCACUAAUUUUAGGGACUACUGUGAUGUAAUUCAAGACCUGCCUGAGUUUGACAAGCCAUCCUACUUUGGACUACCGGAGAAUAUCGAGCGCUCAGCCCAGCGUAUUGUGAGCAGUCAGGUUAUCUUACAGCUCAAGGUGCUGCAGCGUGCCGACGUGAAGGCAAGCAAGUUUGACAAGGAGGUCUGGGCCAAUGAGCUUGGACCAGUUCUGAACAUGUGGAAGAAACUUAACUCUGGUGCAAACCUUAUCCAGUUAAAGGUCUCUACACCAGUGGAGAAGUCUGGCAGUGAGUCCCCGAUCAUGUCAUUCAUCCAGCUGGAGCGAUACAAUGCCAUAAAGCUCGUGCAGACCGUUCACCAGUCCCUCGCCUCCCUCAGCAAGGUCAUCCGUGGAACACAACUCCUCAACAAAGAUGUGCAGAACCUCGCUUCUGCUCUACUCAACCAGGAGACUCCACUGAGCUGGCAGGCUAUGUGGGACGGGCCAGAAGAUCCCGUGCAGUACCUUCGAGGGCUCGUAUCCCGUGCCUUGGCCGUACAAUCCUGGGUGGAUAAGGUUGAGAAUGGCUCCCUGCUCCGAGAUACUCUUGACCUGUCUGAACUGUUCAGACCUGACACUUUCCUGAAUGCUCUCAGGCAGCAGACUGCCAGGGACUUGGGUUGCUCAAUGGACAGCCUGAAGUUUUGCUGUAGCUGGAAGGGGUCACUGCAGGGGGCCAAGUUCAAUGUGAAGAUCGGUGGCCUGCAGCUAGAAGGGUGCAGCUUUGAUGGUACCCGGCUCUCGGAGAACCAGCAAGACUCGCCAAGCAUCUCUGCAAUCCCGCCCUGUGUUGUAGCCUGGGUCAAGGAUGAUGCCCCUGACCCAUAUGGCAUAGAUGAGACGAUCUCCAUCCCGAUCUACUACAGUGCUGAACGGGAUCGUAUCAUCACGAAGCUGAGUGUGCCCUGUGGCGGUAACAAGCCAGUGUGGGUCCAAUGUGGGGCUGCCCUCUUCCUGAAGGCUCACUAGGGUUCAAGGUCACUCAAGGUGUUAAGGUCACAUCAGUGGUCAAGGUCACUAGACGUGGCUACUUCAAGGACUUAAAUAGUGUGAAAAUUAUUUAUUAUUCUACUGGUUUGUCUCAAGUUUGUUGAUUUAUAUUUGUGAUUUCCCAUGUGUUUGAAUCAUUAACUUAACUUUAGUAUAUGGUUUUCUUUAUAUUUGUAGAUUAAUAAUAACUUACAAUUGUGAACAUAUAAUGCUGUUGGUAUCAUAUUUAAAAACUAAAGAGGGUAACCUCAUUCAGCAUCAAAUAUUAUAAUAAUAGUAAUAAUAAUAAAUGAAUGAUCAUAUUAAUUAUUGUUGUCAAGUUGUCAUAUUGUCAGUAUUUUGUUUCUUGAACUCCGUCCACAAUGUCUGUACUGUUAUAGAAUGUGAUCAUGAUUAUCUAACGUCUGUGAUAUUUUGUUAUGUCGGAAUAUGCUUCUAUCACCUGUGAAGUGAUGUAGUUUAAGAUUUCUGUUGUAAUA